GGUGCAAUCGAUUCUUCUGCCAUCUCUAGCAAGCGUACCGGAAUGGAAAAAGUUGUUGGCCAAAUUAGCUGAUUUUUAAAUAUUUUCAAGCGUUUCGUGGACAGUAAAGCGUUUUUUUUCCGCGCAGUUUGUUGGCUCCAGGGCGCCGCAAUCAUGUCCAACUGCAUAGAAAUUCCCUUGCAGGACACCGAUGAGGUGAUCGAGGUGGACCCGGAUCAACUGCCCGACUGUCCGGAGGUGCUGAGCAUUCUCAAGCAGGAGCGUGCUCCUCUGCAUGUUUGGGUCAAUGUGGCGCUCGCCUACUACAAGCAAAAGAAGACGGAGGACUUUGUCACGCUGCUGGAGGAGUCGCGCAGCGAUGACGCCACCAAGGAGUACCGUGACUCCGACAAGGACCUCAUGCGCGCCCUGGACAUGCUGGCCGCCCACUAUGUCCAGGAGGCGUACCGCGAGAAGUCCAAGGACAAGAAGCGCGAGCUCUUCAUGAAGGCCACCAACUUGUACACCAGUGCCGACAAGAUCAUCAUGUACGACCAAAGCCAUCUGCUGGGCAGGGCCUACUUUUGCCUGCUGGAAGGCGACAAGAUGGACCAGGCGGAUGCCCAGUUCAAUUUUGUGCUGAAUCAAUCCCCCUCAAAUAUUCCCUCGCUGCUGGGCAAGGCGUGCAUCGCCUUUAAUCGCAAGGAUUACCGCGGAGCGAUGGCCUUCUACAAGAAAGCCCUGCGCACCAAUCCAAACUGCCCAGCAAACGUGCGAAUUGGCAUGGCCCACUGUUUCCUGAAGAUGGGUAAUCCCGAGAAGGCCAAACUCGCGUUCGAGCGCGCCCUCCAGCUGGAUCAGCAGUGUGUGGGCGCGUUGAUAGGCCUGGCUGUGCUUAAACUCAAUCAACUGGAGCCGGAGUCCAACAAGCUGGGCGUCCAGAUGCUCUCCAAGGCGUACACCAUCGACAAUGCCAAUCCCAUGGUGCUCAAUCAUCUGGCCAAUCACUUCUUCUUCAAGAAGGACUAUCAAAAGGUUCACCAUCUGGCGCUGCACGCUUUCCACAACACCGAGAACGAGGCGAUGCGAGCCGAGAGCUGUUACCAACUGGCCAGGAGCUUCCACGCCCAGAGCGACUACGAUCAGGCCUUCCAGUACUACUAUCAAUCAACCCAGAUUGCGCCGGCCAACUUUGUGCUGCCCCACUACGGACUAGGCCAGAUGUACAUCUAUCGGGGGGAUACGGAGAAUGCCGCACAGUGCUUUGAAAAGGUUCUGAAGAUCCAGCCGGGCAACUACGAGACCAUGAAGAUCCUCGGCUCGCUGUAUGCGCACUCCAACUCGCAAACCAAGCGGGACAUGGCCAAGACUCACCUGAAAAAGGUCACCGAACAGUUUCCCGAGGACAUUGAGGCCUGGAUCGAACUGGCCCAGAUCCUGGAGCAGAACGAUCUGCAGGCCUCGCUGAACGCUUACGGCACGGCCUCAAGUAUUCUUCGGGACAAGGCCAAAUAUGAGAUUCCUGCCGAGAUUCAGAACAAUGUGGCCUCGUUGCAUUAUCGCUUGGGCAACUUGAAGAUGGCCAAGGAUACGCUAGAGUCGGCGCUGAAGCACGCCACCUCUGAGAUGGACAAGGAUGUCAAGUACUACGAGUCCAUUCAGGUCACCAUGAAGUACAACCUGGCGCGCCUUAACGAGGCAAUGAGUAGCUACGAUGUGGCCGACAAGCUGUACAAGGAGAUCCUCAAGGAGCAUCCCAACUACAUUGACUGCUACCUGCGUUUGGGUUGCAUGGCCAGGGACAAGGGUCUGAUUUUCGUGGCUUCCGAUUUCUUCAAGGAUGCGCUGAACAUCAACAACGACAAUCCGGACGCGAGAUCUCUGCUGGGAAAUCUCCAUUUGGCCAAGAUGCAGUUCGCUUUGGGUCAGAAGAACUUCGAAACGAUCCUCAAAAAUCCGGCUACGUCGACGGAUGCCUACUCACUGAUUGCUCUGGGAAACUUUUCCCUGCAGACACUGCAUCAGCCGAGUAGAGAUAAGGAGAAGGAGAGGAAGCACCAGGAGAAGGCUUUGGCCAUAUUUAAACAGGUUCUCCGAAACGAUCCUCGAAACAUUUGGGCCACCAAUGGCAUUGGCGCCGUACUGGCCCACAAAGGAUGUGUGAUCGAGGCGCGGGAUAUUUUCGCUCAGGUGCGCGAGGCCACCGCCGACUUUUGCGACGUGUGGCUGAACAUCGCGCACGUGUACGUUGAACAGAAGCAGUACAUCAGCGCCAUCCAGAUGUACGAGAACUGUAUGAAGAAGUUCUACAAGCACAACAACGUCGAGGUGAUGCAAUAUUUGGCCAGAGCGUAUCUACGGGCCAACAAGCUGGUCGAGGCCAAGGCGGUGCUCCUUAAGGCCCGUCGAGUUGCCCCCCAGGACACUGUCCUACUCUUCAACAUAGCUGUGGUGCUCUCACGGCUGGCCAUGGCCAUACUCAAGGAUGAAAAGUCCACGCUUGAGAUUGUGCUGCAGGCGGUCCACGAACUAGAGCUGGCUCAAAAAUAUUUCCAAUACCUGUCCGUGCACGGCGACAAGAACCGAUUCAACAUCGAGGUGGCCGGCAUUGAGGCGAACACCUGCCAGGAUCUGCUCUCCCAGGCGCAGUACCAUGUGGGCCGUGCCCGGCGCAUUGACGAGGAGGAGCGCUCGCUGCGCCGCAAGCAGGAGGAGGAGCGCGAAGCCUUCAAGGUGAAGGUGGCCGAGCAGCGCAAGCGGCGCGAGGAGGAGGCCAAGACAUCCAGGGACCAGUUACUGGCCAAGCGGCAGGAGUACGUGGAGAAGACCAAGAACAUGCUCAUGAUAGCCGAUUCGGCGCCGGAAAAGGAGCGCAAGAAGGGAGGCGGUCGGGCGCGCAAGGAUGACUACAUAUCCGGCACCGAUAGCGACAACGAAGGACCUCGUCGCGAGGGUGAACGUCCCAGCAAGAAGAAGAGCAAGGCGGAGCGCAAGAAGGGCAGCGGACGCAAGCGCAAGACGGAGAAGUACGAGAGCGACAGCGAGGAGGAGCCGCAGGCCAGUGGCAAGUCGGGCAAGAAGAAGGGCAAGAAGCCCAAGCCGGUCAAGGAACCUAAGGAGAAACUGACGGCCAAGCAGCGCCUUAAGGUGCUGUCCAAGGAGACGAUCUCCACUAGCGAAUCGGAGUCGGAUGGCAAGCGCAGCAAGAGCAGGAGCAGGAGUAGAAGCCGCAAUCGCAGUGGCAGCCGGAGUGGCAGUGGCUCUGGAAGCGGCAGUGAUCGGGAUGCCAGCCGCAAGCGCAGCAGGAGCCGGAGUGGCUCCGGAUCUGGCAGUGACAGCGAUGGCGCCACCAAGCGCAAGCGGGCCAAGAACCGCAUCGAAUCUGGCGGGGAAUCGGAUAGAUCUGGCUCCCGUGCUCGCUCCAAGUCGGGCUCCCGCUCAAGAUCCCGCUCCAAGUCGGGUUCCCGUUCCAGAUCCCGAUCCCGCUCCAAGUCGGGCUCUCGCUCUAGAUCCCGCUCCAAGUCCGGCUCCCGCUCAAGAUCGCGCUCCCAGUCGGGAUCCAGGUCCCGUUCCCGCUCUGGCAGCCGGUCAAAGUCCGGAUCUCGCAGCAGAUCAGGAACUCCGGAAAAGUAACACACUGCUUAAAUCACUUUUGACUAUAUUUAAAGUUUCUUUCGAGAGAUGCAAAAAGAUACUAAUAAAAACAAACUAAUUGCCACACAAA